CUCUUCCCCCAUGUGAAAGUCACCUUUUCUCCUGCAAAUUAGCAAAUCAGGGACCAUUUCCAUGAUUUUUCUUCCUCUUCUUAUAAGACCCUAAUGACUGAAUCAUACUCUCACACUAACAACUCUCUCUCUUUCCUUUAUUUUCUCUCUUUCUUGCUUCCCUUUUCUUUGAUUCUUUUCUUUAUCUCGUUAGAUUUGGAGAGAGAGAAAGUGUGUGUGUGUCACUGAGAUCCUUGGGAAUGGGUUUGCUUGAUUUACGGUAUUGGUGAGAAGGCUGUGCAAAAUGAGGAUGUUUUUGGUUACAAGAUUUAGUUUCUUUCUUCUUUCUUUUUGGAUUGCCGUUGCUCUUGUUUUCUUGUGCUGCUUUUGCCCAGUUUCAGCUCUGCCUCAGAAUGGCGGAGUCUCCAGAGAUUCUCUCAAGUUUAUCUUAGGAGAGGAGAAUUUGGGGCCAUGGAGAAACGGAAUGCCGGAGGCUGCUGCAGAAGCACCAGGCCCUUCUGAUGAUAACACGCUAGUACUGGCAGCGAAGAGAACAAAUCGACCAGACAUUCUUCAUGGGUUUAAGCGUUAUCGGGGUGGUUGGGAUAUCACCAAUCGCCAUUACUGGGCUUCUGUUGGUUUCACAGGUGCUCCUGGUUUUAUUUUGGCUGUCCUGUGGUUGUUUUCAUUUGGAUUGGCCUUUGCAUUACGCUGUUGCUGCCGGUGGAGAAUUAACAUUAAAGGCAAAGGAUCUGAUAGAUCUCAGAGGAUUUGUCUCAUAGUGCUUAUAGUGUUCACAUCUGCUGCAGCGGUUGGUUGCAUUCUUUUAUCUGUUGGUCAGGAUGAAUUUCAUGGUGAAGCUUUGCAGACUCUGAAAUAUGUUGUGAACCAAUCAAACUACACUGUACAAACUCUGAGAAAUGUCACAUGGUAUUUGUCACUUGCAAAGACCAUCAAUGUGGCCCAUGUAUUUCUUCCUUCUAAUGUCAUGGAUGAUAUUGACAAGUUGAAUUUAGAUCUAAAUACUGCAGCUGAUACACUAGAAGAGAAGACAGGUGAAAAUUCUAGAAAAAUAGUAAAAGUGUUCAAUGCUGUGCGAUCAGCAUUGAUCACUGUGGCGGCAGUAAUGCUUAUCCUGGCUCUGCUUGGUUUUUUCCUUUCUAUCCUUGGGCACCAACAUGCUAUUCAUAUAUUUGUAGUUAGUGGGUGGUUAUUAGUGGCAAUUACAUUCAUUCUUUGUGGAGUUUUUAUAAUUCUUAACAAUGCAAUUUCUGAUACCUGUAUGGCCAUGGAAGAAUGGGUAGAUCACCCCCAUGCAGUGACUGCUCUUAGCAGCAUCCUUCCGUGUGUUGACCAGAGCACGACAAACAAGACACUCAUUCAGAGUAAAGAAGUGAUAAAUGAUAUUGUAAAUGUUGUCAAUACAUACAUAUACACCUUUGCAAAUGCAAAUCCAUCCCAGACCGAGUACAAUUAUUAUAACCAGUCUGGACCUUUCAUGCCUCCACUUUGUUACCCAUUUGACUCUCAGCUUCAAGACCGUCAGUGUGGGCCCCAAGAGGUGUCCAUGACAAAUGCAUCCAUGGUUUGGGAGGACUAUGUUUGCAAGGUCUCACCAUUUGGGCUGUGCACAACUGUUGGUAGGGCGACCCCUGAGAUCUACGACCAGUUGGUAGCAGCAGUAAUGGAAAGCUAUGCUCUAGAGCACUAUACCCCACUUUUGCUCAGUCUCCAGGACUGUAAAUUUGUCAGGGACACAUUCCAAGAAAUCACCUCGAAUUAUUGCCCUCCAUUGGAACAUUAUCUGAAGAUUGUAAAUGCAGGACUGGGCCUUAUCGCAGUUGGAGUUUUACUCUGUCUCCUCCUCUGGAUACUCUAUGCAAACCGCCCCCAAAGGGAGGAAGUGUUUGUGAAAUUACCCUUGCCAAUAAAAGGCGUCAAUAGCAGGAGCAGCAAUAAGAACAGUUCAAGACAUCACGACAACAAUGAUGCAUCAUUGUCAAAUACUAGUGAAGUAUAGCGAAUUAGAAAAUCAACACAAAAUCAUCUUUAUUUCUGUGAGUUCAGUUACAUCCCGUAACAAGGGAAGAUACCAAGAUGGGGCGAAGUUCCAUUUUGAGUUGUAGGAUAGUGAUCAUAUGUGCUGUAUUGUUACUCUUGUAUGGAUGAAGUGUUUCUUUUGUGAAUACAAGUUGGAAAUGAAAUGAAAUGAAAAUUGUGUCUCUAGAGAACCAAAA